UCCAUUUCCAUUCAAGAAAUUUAAAAAACCAAAAAAACAAAAUAACAAACAAAAUGGCCGGAAAAAACACCAUAUUUGCUGUGGAAGCAAUUGUUAUAACUAUUGUCCUUUUCAUCCCUAGAGUCUUUUCAGAUGAUUCUGUUCCUAUACCAGCUGAUAAAUCACAAAUAAAUAGUUGGUUUGAAACCAAUGUUAAGCCUUUAGAUGCAAGAAAAGACACUUUGGACCCUGCCCUUGUAGCUGCCGAGGCUAAUAAAACUACCAUUAAGGUAAGGGCAGAUGGAAGUGGUGAAUUCAAGACUCUGACGGAUGCCAUAAACAGCAUUCCUCAAGGGAAUAAAAGACGAGUUAUUAUUUCGAUUGGAGGUGGAAAUUACACAGAGAAAGUUAAGAUUGAGAGGUAUAAGCCUUUCAUUACAUUAUAUGGAGACCCUAAGAAUGUACCAAAUAUAAUCUUUAAUGGAACAGCAAAAGAUUAUGGUACAGUUGAUAGUGCCACCGUCGUCGUUGAAUCUGAAUACUUCACCGCUGUUAAUAUCAACUUUGUGAAUUCUGCACCAAGACCAGAUGGGAAAAGGGAAUUAGCUCAAGCAGCAGCAUUAAGGACAGGAGGAGAUAAAGCUUCAUUAUAUAACUGUAAAAUGUAUGGAUUUCAAGACACCUUUUGUGAUGACAGUGGGAAGCAUUUCUUUAAAGAUUGCUACAUUGAAGGCACUGUUGAUUUCAUCUUUGGCAAUGGAAAAUCCUUAUAUCUGAACACAGAGAUGCAUGUAAUUCCAGGGGAUCCAAUGGCAAUGAUCACAGCACAUGCAAGGGGAGCAGGCAAUGUUGACAGUGGAUAUUCAUUUGUUCAUUGUAUAAUAACUGGAACAGGAAAUACAGCAUUUUUGGGAAGAGCAUGGAAGCCUUUUGCUAAGGUUGUUUACUCUUACACUGAUAUGAGUGACGUUGUUCACCCUGAAGGUUGGUCUGAUAACGGCAAAAGUGAUUAUGACAGGUCGGUGUUUUAUGGAGAAUACAACUGCAAAGGAGCAGGUGCAACUAUGGAACGUAGGGUGGGAUAUGUGAGGAAAUUAACUGAUGCAGAAGCAAAGCCUUUUAUCACACUUGGCUAUAUUGAAGGCUCCAAAUGGCUGCUUCCUCCUGUGGCACUGUAGGUAAUAGGGGCGAAAAAGGACAGAAUGGUCCUAGCAAUUUUGACUUUUGUUUUUAUUUCCUUAAUUUCUCACUUUUGAAUGUAGCCCAUCCCAACUAAUAUGGGAUUGAGGCAUUGUUGUUGUUUUCAAUUUUGGGUAGCCGAUUUCAACUAGUUUGAGAUUGAAAUUUAAUUGUUGUUCCCACUUGGACAGUCAAGGUUUAGAAAUAAAGAUAAAGUGUAGAUGUUUCACAAUUAAUCGUUCUUCUCGUUGUAUUAGUCGGGUAUCAUUAGCGGCGGAGCUAGCAUAAGAUUUGUGAU